AUGUCGUCCCCGAACACGGUAAAGGGCGGCGGAUUCCACUCGCACCCCUAUACCACUUCUCUCGGGUACACAAACCCAAGGGCCCAGCGCGUCGCGACCUUGCCUCCAACCCCUGGCGUCGAGGAGGAGCCAACCCCUCACCAUGAGCCCCACACUUUCGUCCGCCACCGGGCCCGGAGAGGCAUGUCGGUCGAACGCAUGCAAUCAAUCAUCUCAUCCAAAGAGCGUAGCGUGACCGACUUUGUGGGCGUGCCCAUUUCGCCAGAAGAAAUCAAGCAACAGCCCAGGAAGCUCCGUAAAUACUAUGAAAACCUCGAGACGAUCCACGACGGCUACGAGGAGGUGGACGGGCUGCUCUCCGGCGAGUUGCCGUCGAUCAUCGUCAGCUCGUUCUUCAACGAAACUGUGUCUGGCGACUCGGAGCCGCAACGCUCAAAGUCAUACGCAUCGCUUGGCGGGUUUGGGUCGGGCCAAGGAUCGCGCGCGACGUCACCUCACCCUAACUGGAAUCUGCGAUCGCUCAGGCACUGGGGCCCAAUUGAUGAGGGCAUGAUGCAAGCGAAUGGGGAUGAGGAGACCGCGACCGAGCGGACGCCCCUCGUCGUCGGGGCGAGGGAAGAGGAGCGAGAGCGCGUGGUCAAGCUCGCCAUAAAUGUCAACACAGCCGUCAACUUCGUCCUUGUCGGUGCAAAGAUUGUUGCAGUCCUCUAUUCGUCCUCGAUCUCGCUCAUUGCGUCGCUUGUCGACUCGGCACUGGAUCUGCUGUCCACGUUGAUCAUUGUCGGAACGAACUGGGCCAUCGGUGUGCCAACAGACCGCCACUUGUACCCCGCUGGGAAAAGGCGAUUUGAGCCUCUUGGUGUGCUUAUCUUCUCUGUCGUCAUGAUCGUCUCGUUCAUCCAGGUCUUCAUCGAGUCCCUGCAACGCUUGAACCGCGCACUCCGCGGUGACGAGCCGCCCGUAGACCUCAACAUUAUCGGUGUCGCCACAAUGUUGGCCACCAUCGGGGUCAAGGCCGUCCUCUGGAUGUGGUGCUCGAAUAUCCCUUCAUCGUCCGUGCAAGCCCUGGCGCAGGACGCGGAGAACGAUGUUUGGUUAAAUGCCAUCUCGCUGUCCUUUCCCUACAUUGGACACAAGCUUGGAUCCAACUUGCUCGAUCCCAUCGGCGGUCUGUGCCUCUCGGCGUACAUCAUCAUUGAGUGGAUCAAGACAUUGCUCCAAAAUUUUGCGAACUUGUCAGGCAAACGGGCCUCGUCAGACCAGUACACACGUGUGCUGUACAUGGUGUCGCGCUUCAACCCCGUGCUGGAGAUCUCAGAAGUCGAGGUGUACCACAUUGGAGACUAUCCAGUGCAUGUUGGAAAAGUGAGGCUAAGGAAAUCGGACCCUGCUGACCGCAGCCUCGACGGCGUGCUCCGUGCCUAUGUCCACACCGACUACUCAUCAUCCAAUCCGUCCCAACACACGUCCCGCCGGAAGGAUGGCGCCAAUCCGGUUCCGCUCCGAGCACCAUCGCCAGAUGAAGAUUCGCCAUCCAUAUCGGGAUCCGCGACUCCUAGAGCCUCAACCGGCUUCCCCUUCCCGCAGCGAGGUCGCGAGGUUUUGCGCAAAUGA